AUGGCAAAUGCGAUUAUUCCAGCUACGGCAUCGACUGUUCUGCCUUUGAUUGUAACUAUACCAAUAGCAAAUCAAGAUAUGGUAAAACAAGCGUUCAAUUUACUGACAAAUCGUCGUGUAAAGCAGAGUGAAGAGCAUUUUGUUAUUUCUACUGAAACAAUUGAUCAUGCCGAUAUGAAAGAAUACUGCGAAUUACUUCGUGAGCAAUAUAAGAAUGCGGAUAAAGAAGUACAUGAUUAUCUUUCACGAUUACAUUUAAACAAGGAGGGUACACAAGUAGCAAAAGCGAUUAUCGUUGGUACCAAAAACGAAUUUUCGAUUUCACNAUACUAG